GGAGCCGCAAUCAAGGAUGUUGGAAGAGAGAAAGAGGGAAGUAGUGACACACUGGUGGACAGUAGCUUACAGUGUCGUUGCAUUUCGGACAUAUACACUCUGCUAAUGAAUAAAAACCCAGUUAGUUCUUCUUGGAGGAUCUACAAGGCAAACUUGGAGGAUGUAAUGAAGAAGAAGUGAUGUGGCACUUUUCUGAAGCACUCUGACAGGAUGGCAUCACAGGGGCAGGAGGAGCCUCCUCCAAACGGAGGUCAACCAGAUAGCCGACUUAAGAGCAAGAAGCCACCCAGCCUUGUAAUAGCCAUCCCACCGCCUGAGGAGAUGAUGUCCCACGACCCUGCAAAACAGCCACUACGCCCGUCCCUGAAAAAAAGUGCAAGUGGUCAAGCGACCGGUUCUGUGUCCGAGAGCUUCAGUGGAGCCAGAGAUGGAGCGGGAGAUGGAGGCUUCUCAUUCAGAGAAAGAAGGUCAAAGUUUGGAAGACAAACGUCGCUCUCACAAAGCAUCCGCAGGAACACAGCCCAGUGGUUUGGGGUUGGGGAAGACUGUGAGACCAAGCAGCAGGUAUGGCACAGGAAGAGCCUGCGCCACUGCAGCCAGCGCUACGGCAAGCUGAAGCCCCAGUAUAGAGAGCCUGAGACGGCUUCCAGCAUCGACCAAGGCCCGGAGUCACCAGCAACAAGCAGGAUGCCCAGGAUUGUCGACCCCUUGGCACGGGGCCGAGCCUUCCGUGUCCCAGAUGACGUGGACGGUCGCUCCCCCAGGACACCUCACACCGCUCAGGGGGGUCCCGUCACCCCAGGUGUCACCUCACUCAGCUCCUUCACCAGCCAGCGCUCUGGAUACAGCCGCUUCCCGAGGCGUAAGAGGGAGUCUGUGGCCCGCAUGAGCAUCAGAGCUGCAUCCAACCUGCUGAGGGGUCAGGGCUUGGCAGGCUCCCAGACAGGUCGCAGUUUCCCCAAGAGGAGCUUCAUCAGGCCCAGCUGGAUGGAUGAGGACACCGUGGACUCCGCAGACACGUCCGAGUCGGUCUUCUUCAGCAAGGUUGAUGCCCAUGAUGAGUUCUACUCUAUGGCUGAUGACGUAUUUGAGUCACCUCCCAUGUCUGCAGCGUUUGCUCCCAGUGAGCAGCCUGACCAGAAGUUCGAAGGCCUCCCCAGUAAGGGCAUAUCUCAAACGCCCAGGACACCAGUAGCCCCUGAAAAGAUCCGUCCUCGUCGGGGUGGCCGCAUCGCCUCCCAAGUUAAGCACUUUGCAUUUGACAAACACAAACGUCAGUACGGCAUGGGCGUCGUGGGGAAGUGGCUGAACCGGAACUACCGUCGCAGCCUCAGCAGCAACAUCCAGAAACAGCUGGACGACUUCCACAGCCACAGGCCCUACUUUUCCUACUGGAUCACAUUUGUCCAUAUAGUGAUCACUUUGCUGGCCUGUUGUACAUACGGUUUUGCCCCUGUGGGGUUUGCACAACAUUCUACGUCUGAGCUGGUGCUGAAGAACAAAGGCAUUUACGAGAGUGUCAAGUAUAUCCAACAGGAAAACUUCUGGAUUGGUCCAAGCUCUGACGACCUGAUCCACCUGGGGGCCAAGUUCUCGCCGUGCAUCCGUCAGGACUCACAGAUAGUUAGCCUGAUCAAGAGGGCCAAAGAUAUGGAGAGAGAGUCUGGCUGCUGCGUUCAGAAUGACAACGCGGGAUGCGUGCAGACCCUCAGCUCCGACUGCUCUGAAACGCUGGCCACCUUUAUUAAAUGGGACAAUGAGCCGGUGGACAUCCGCAGGUCCUCUGGUUCUGUCUGUCACCAGGAUCCCAGAGUGUGUGAAGAGCCUGCCUCUGCAGAGCCUCAUACAUGGCCAGAUGACAUCACCAAGUGGCCGGUGUGUACUUUUCCCAAGCUGUGGAACCACACAGGCUACAAACACAUGGACUGUAACAUCAAGGGACGGCCUUGCUGCAUAGGAACUAAGGGCAGAUGUGAGAUCACGACCAGAGAAUAUUGCACUUUCAUGCAUGGCUACUUCCACGAGGAGGCCACACUCUGCUCUCAGAUUCACUGUCUGGAUGAUGUAUGCGGCUUGUUGCCCUUCCUCAACCCUGACGUUCCUGAUCAGUUCUACCGUCUCUGGCUCUCUCUCUUCCUCCAUGCUGGGCUGUUACACUGCGUGGUGUCAGUGGUGUUUCAGAUGACCAUACUGAGAGACCUGGAGAAGCUGGCAGGUUGGGUCCGUAUCUCCAUCAUUUAUAUCCUCAGUGGUAUCACAGGAAACCUCGCCUCUGCACUGUUCCUGCCCUACAGAGCUGAGGUGGGUCCAGCAGGGUCCCAGUUUGGACUCCUUGCUUGCCUCUUCGUCGAGCUGUUUCAAGGUUGGCAGAUGCUGGAGAAGCCAUGGAAGGCCUUCCUCAAGCUGCUGGGCAUUGUCCUCUUCCUCUUUCUGUGCGGCCUCCUGCCGUGGAUCGACAACAUCGCGCACAUCUUUGGUUUUCUCAGCGGCAUGCUGUUGUCCUUCGCCUUCUUGCCCUACGUCACCUUCGGGACAUUUGACAAGUACCGGAAACGUAUCCUGAUUGCUGUCUCAAUGUUGGCCUACAUCGGGCUUUUCUCUUCCCUCAUCGUUUGGUUUUAUAUUUACCCGAUUAACUGGCACUGGCUGGAGCAUCUCACCUGCUUGCCCUUCACGAGCAAGUUCUGUGAAAAGUACGACAUAGACCAUGACAUUAACGAUGUGGUGCACUAGUCUCCAGGCUGCUGAUGACGUGGCUGUGCUACUGAUCCACUGUCUUCUAGCCAAUGACCGGGUCAGCUGUUUCCAGGUCAGCUCAGUGGCCUUUAAGAAUGUGGUAAUUAUGUUUAUUAUUCGAUCACCAAGGGAAGGAAGGACCUGAUCAUAGCCAAUGUGAAUGGAACUGACUCAGUCUUUUCCCCUCAGCCUGCUGACUUGCUCACUGUACUGUAGAACUUCACUCAACCUUUGUAAUCCUCAGUCAGGCCUGGCACUACCUAGCAUGUUAAUUUGCUAAUAGGCUAGCAGAUCCUCGGAAUGAGAGGACAGGAAAAGACACUCAGGACGACGAAACUACACAAAGCUGGGUGAACCCAAAGGAAACAAUCUACAGAGCGAGACACUGUCUGGUUGCCUCAGUUCACAGUGUAAAGAAGCCAAAUGAACCCUACUGGCCCUUCUAUCACUUUUCCCUUUAUGGACCGACAACCAGCCGAGAUGAAAAGGAAGACUGAUGCCAUGGCGGGUCAUCAGGUAUCUUGUGGCCCAGUGAACUGAGAUACAUCAAAUGCCUCCUGUCAGUAAUUCAUGUUUUCAGUAACACUGGGUUUAACACUACAAACGCUGUCUUUCACUUCUGCUGCUUCUGUAUGUUCAAACAGUUGUGAAGUACUUUAAGAGUUAAAAACUGUUUUGUAUCUUCCCUCUUUUGUAUGUAUGCACUUGGCAUGUCUUUGGAGCAGUGAAAUGUUAUGCUAAAGGUAACAAGGUGUUGCAAGUAUUAACUGUGCAGCUGGAAUAGUUCAAAAUAUCAGUGGUCAACUAAGGUAAGAUUUCUAUCUAGAACCACUAGUUGCCUUAAACAGAUUAUGCCAUUUUACAGAGAUGCCUCAUUUUACUUUUGUAUACUGCUCGUGAUCAACUUCCUGAAUGCUGAUGAACACAUUUCUGACCCGAAACCUACCAAAGCAACGACACAUGCUGCUUAUAUAUGCAUGAUCAUCUUUAAAAUCCCUUUGUUUUCUGUACGUCACUGCCACAAACACAUGUUCUCAGUCAAGCUCUGCGUAUAAUAUCUCAUAUUUUUCCGCCAACACGGUGGUGCCUCAACCAUUUUUGUAUAUUUACUCUGAAAACAAUAAUGAAAAUGAUUUUUAUUCCAGGAGUGAUUAUCUACACAGGCAUUUUUUGUUACAUCAAAGUAAGUUUUGUACUGUAUUUUCUGACUCUGUGAAAGCAGCCAUAGGAUCACAAGAUGUCGUUUAUGUUUCACCUGAGCCUUAAUAUGCUUGUGAAAUAUAACGUAAGGCUUUGUUUCAUCAUACACUUAUUGACAGUUUAAGAAAAAUGAUUUUAAACUGUAGUGUUGCCGCAGUCAUAGGAUUUUCCUCAGACACAUUCAGACCAAACCUGGACAAAGUCUUGCCGUCUACGUAUACGCUUUUUCCACUUUUCUUUUUGUCUCAACGCUAGCAGCUGACCCAUGUGAAAACUUUAGAACCAGUUUGAUAUAAGACAAACACAUGAUCGGACCAGUAAACUGAAUUUCACCAGGUGUCGCACUUGAAACAUAACAACACUGUGUCCCAGCAUAAAACUAGUGUCUGACUACCAUGUAGCAUCUCGUAACAUCGGAGCUGUAGGUCUAAACUGAAAGCAUUAAGUAUGCACACCUGUUUCGUCAUGUAAGCAAACAGUGUAGCUAUCAGCUGUAUGCUCGAGAUCUGAAAACGUAACCACACAUAAUGAUAAAUACUGGUUCAGCCAGGUGGUAUAAAAUCAAACUGGUUUAAGAUCUUACACCACACCGGACAAACAAACCGGAUAUUGACCCAAUUCUUGUGAUAAGUGUAUUUCGGAUGUUUCAACACCGAAAGUGUGAAAGACUUCCUCCAUGGGUUCCUGCCAUUGUCUUGGAUUUGGUUUGUUGUUGUGAUUCUGGCGUGUUGACCCCAGCUGUAGGAAAGCCCCCGUAAUGCUUGUUGUGUGCAGGAUUAUGUGAGUUACUAAGUGAGUUAUGAGAUUACGCGAGUUUGUCUGUGGGGCUGACUCACUGAUCAUCUGGUGUUGUUGAGAACACAAGUUGUUAAAUGCAGAAUGGGCUGUAUGUUGGACAGUUCAAAUGUUUAAAUCAGUUUCACCACCACUGUAUUUAGAUUGUAAAUGCCACUCACUGAAAACAUAGGACACCCACUUUAUUUUAGGAAACCUCUUUACUGUGCCUUUUGACAUGUGAGUUUGAUCUGCACCAACCCGCGUCUUCAGUUCUGACUGUAUGCAGCAGUUACACUGCCGUGUUUGCAUUGGGACCAAAUAAUCUCACCCUUUUCUAUUUAUUGGAAUAAAAAGGGAAAGUUUCAAAUGAAUUUCGGGUCAUGUUCAAGGUACUGUUCUGUUUUGCUUCAGUUUUAUAUGUGAAAAUCUCUGUGUUUUAACACAGUCAUGUCAAAAUAAAUGCCACUCUAGUAAUAAUAA